GGGUGGAAAUUCUUCAUGGGUGUUUUGGUUGAUUCCCGAAAGGAAGUUGGUUCUUCAUGGGGUGGGUUAAAGAGUUUGGUGAGAAGAAAACAGGUGGAUUCGGCUCAUUCCAAGCGUUUGGGUCAUCAUCAGCUGGCUAAGCAGUUGACAGUCCCGCAUCUCAUAGCAAUUGGUGUUGGAUCAACAAUUGGAGCUGGAGUAUAUAUUCUUGUUGGAACAGUUGCUAGAGAGCAUGCAGGGCCAGCUCUCACCUUUUCUUUUCUAAUAGCUGGAAUUGCUGCUGCUCUCUCUGCUUUUUGCUAUGCCGAGCUUGCGAGUCGUUGCCCCUCUGCCGGCAGUGCCUAUCAUUAUUCAUACAUUUGUGUUGGUGAAGGUGUUGCCUGGUUGAUUGGUUGGGCUCUGAUAUUGGAGUAUACAAUCGGUGGUGCAGCUGUUGCUCGUGGCAUCUCGCCGAAUCUGGCUUUGCUCUUUGGUGGUGAAAAUAGUUUACCGUUUUUUCUGGCUCGUCAAUAUAUUCCCGGCCUUGACAUUGUGGUGGAUCCAUGUGCUGCAAUUCUAGUUUUCAUCGUGACGGGGCUCUUGUGUGUUGGAAUCAAGGAGAGUACACUAGCACAAGCGAUCGUCACCACUGCAAAUGUAUGUGCCAUGAUAUUUGUUAUAAUAGCGGGCAGUUAUCUGGGUUACCAGACUGGAUGGGUUGGAUAUGGACUUCCUACCGGGUAUUUCCCCUUUGGUGUGGAUGGAAUGCUUGCUGGGUCUGCAACAGUCUUCUUUGCGUAUAUCGGUUUUGACUCGGUUGCCAGUACUGCUGAGGAGGUGAAGAAUCCCCAACGAGACUUGCCGCUGGGUAUUGCGACAGCCCUCUCCAUUUGUUGUGGAUUGUACAUGCUGGUCUCUGUUGUGAUUGUUGGUCUGGUCCCCUAUUAUGCUAUGGAUCCCGACACUCCCAUCUCAUCAGCAUUUGCUAGCCAUGGGAUGCAAUGGGCAGCUUACAUAAUAACCACUGGAGCUUUUACUGCUCUUUGCUCAACAUUAAUGGGCUCAAUGCUCCCUCAGCCUCGGAUUCUUAUGGCAAUGGCUAGAGAUGGAUUGCUGCCAUCUUUUUUUUCAGAUGUUAAUAAACGCAGCCAGGUUCCUGUCAAAGGCACUUUGACAACUGGUAUUGUUGCUGCUUCCUUGUCAUUUGUCAUGGAUGUUUCACAGUUGGCCGGGAUGGUUAGCGUGGGUACACUUCUUGCCUUUACUAUGGUAGCAAUUUCCGUGUUGAUACUUCGAUAUGUCCCGCCAGAUGAGGUGCCAUUUCCAUCAUCACUUCAGGAGUCAAUUGAUUCUGUCACCCUAAGGUAUAGUACCCAGGCAAUUAGUGGGAAAAAUCCUGAGAUAGGUACUUCUGGAGACAGUUCUCAGCCUUUGCUUCGCGAGAAGAUUAUAGUGGCUGAAAAACAAGAAGCUCAGGCCUCUUGGGCACUCGAUGAAGAGAACAGGCGAAAAGUUGCAGGCUGGACCAUAAUGUUAUUAUGUGUAGGGAUAUUUGGCCUUACUCUCGCAGCUUCAAAUCUGUGGAUUCCGGGACUUAUUCGGCUCACAUGUUGUGGAGUUGGUGGUGUGCUUCUUCUGUCGGGUCUGAUUGUGCUCACAUUAAUUGAUCAAGAUGAUGCCAGGCACAACUUCGGCCAUACCGGAGGUUUCAUAUGUCCUUUCGUUCCACUCCUACCAAUUGCUUGCAUUCUCAUCAAUGUCUACUUGCUCAUUAAUUUGGGGACUGCCACCUGGGCUCGGGUUUCGGUUUGGCUUUUAAUGGGGGUGGUGGUUUACGUGUUCUACGGUCGUUCCCAUAGCUCACUGCUGGAUGCAGUGUAUGUGCCUGCGGCUCAUGCUGAUGAAAUUUAUCGAUCGUCCGCCUCGGGCGACAUGUUGGCCUAAUUCCACCACGAAUGGGGUUUUCUGCCGGAAAAAAUG